GCGAGAGAGAGCGAGCGAGAGAGAGAGAGCGAGCGAGAGAGACCGAGAGAGACAGAGUGUGAGAGUCGCUCCUGCCCUCUGUCUUUACACACUGCUGCCUGUGUGUGCGCCGUCUCUCCUUGCCUGCACUCUCUCACACACACACACUCACGCAGACGCACGCUCACACAGACCGAGGGAGAGAGCGGAUAGAGCGAGCAAGAGAGAGAGGAGGGAGAACACAUCGCAGCAGAGAUGCAGCAGGAGGUUUUCCGAGGUUUUGGGGGCCGGUCAUGGUGUCCUGGCUGGAGGUGUUGGACCCCCUCCACGCAGGCCUCUUCUUGCUACGCCUGAACGAGCAACACCUGCCUGCCGGGCCCACCCUCUUCUGUGACGUCAACCUCAUCGUCACCAGCGACGCCAAGUUGGCCGCCUGCUGCCAGUACUUCCGCCAGCUGUUACUGCCGACGUCUUCCCCACCGCCUACAACUCCUGUAUUAGGCAGCAGCCACCCGCCAUCUACCCCCUCUUCCAGGCUCAUCCAGGGGGCUGAGCUGGACCUGCCUAACUUCCAGUCCAGUGUGCUGUCCAACCUGCUUGACUUCAUCUACUCCUCCCGUGUUGCCUGCCAGGGCUCCAAGGGGACCAGGCGUCUGUCGGAGGCGGGCCUCAGCCUUAGGGUGCCCAUCUUGACCAAUCUGGUUGAGGAAGAAGAGGAGGCGGAACCAGGGCAGAUGAAGGGUAAAAGCAGGCAGUGCCGAGGAGGGGAGGCCAUGAUGGAGGGGCUGAUGAAUGAUGAGGCAGACGGCCCCGAGAACGCUAAGAUCACCCUCAGCUUCCCCCUCAGCGCCGCCCUGCCCGCCGCCCUCACCGUUCACAACCACCGCCCCUCCUCAGCCACAUCCUACCCCCGCCGCCGACAUCCCUUCUCGGCCUCCAAGGCGUCCAACGAGGGGUCAGUGUGGAAACUGGAUGCCACCACCACAGACAAACGGCGGCCCUUUAACCCCCCCCAGCGGGACAGCUCCCCAUCCUCUUCCUCCGCCUCCUCUUCCCCUUCCUCCUCUUCCUCUCCUAUGGAUCUUACCGCACUGGUCAAAAAGGACAUCAAAUCUCUCCCACCUCUUUUCAAAGCCGGUCUGGACUCCCAGUUCCACAGGUUCCCCCCCAGGUCCUCCAAUGGGCCUUUAGGUGGUUACCCAGGGGAGGGUCACAGACUGACCAAUGGCACAGCCUCACCCUCAAAGACUGCACAGAUCCUGUUCAACCUGAGCACCGUGGCCUAUCGGGGCCAGGGGGGGCGGGGCACAGACAGAAAGGAGAAAACAGGGAAAAAAGGUGGGAGGGUGGGCAGCCCCCAAGUUGGAACAAACCUACGCCCGCCCAACCUCCACCUUUCUCCUCCUCUUCCUCACCCCUCUGAGUCUUUCACUCUUCCUCCUCACUCCUGCUCCACCCCCCCAGAUGGCCCCAAGCCGGAGCUGAUAUGUGGGGUGUGCCACCGCCUCUUCAGCUCCGCCUUAUCUCUCACGGCCCACAUGCGGCUGCACCGUGGCGGCCGGGCCCUCAGCUGCCAGCACUGUGGCAAAGCCUUCAUCCACAACAAGAGACUGCAGUCCCACGAGGCCUCCUGUACGCACGCUCUGAACCCGGCCCUCCCAUCUAGCAUCCCCCUUCUCCCCAUCCUGGCCAAAGAGGAGCCCCUGGAGGAAGGGGAAGUUAGGGUGGAGGGAGGACAGAUUGUGGGGGCAAGUGAAGAGGAUAUGAAGCCUGGCAAAGGGAAAAAAGGGCGAGGUCUCCUGGUUCGGCAUGAAGGCGACGUGUCAGAGCUGGUGGGGGAUGAGGACCACUUCGUCAAGGUGGUGGACGGCCACGUCAUCUAUUUCUGCUCGGUGUGCGAGCGCUCCUACAUGACCCUGUCCAGCCUCAAGCGUCACUCCAACGUGCACUCGUGGCGCCGCAAGUACCCCUGCCACUUCUGCGACAAGGUGUUCGCCCUGGCCGAGUAUCGCACCAAGCACGAGGUGUGGCACACGGGCGAGCGACGCUACCAGUGCAUCUUCUGCUGGGAGGCCUUCGCAACGUACUACAACCUGAAGACCCACCAGAAGGCUUUCCACGGCAUCAGCCCGGGCCUCAUCUCCAGCGAAAAGACAGUCAACGGCGGUUACAAGCAGAAGGUCAACGCCCUCAAGUUCUACCGCCUGCUCCCCAUGCGUUCCCAGAAGAGACCCUACAAGACCUACAGUGACUCCCUGGCCAACAGCCUGCUGCUGCCCCCGUCUGACCCCUCUGCCGUCCCCUUGCCUCAGCCCCUGGACUGCAGCCUGCCCGGCUCCCUGGACCUUCACAGCCUCAUCAGUUGCUCUCUACCCAAGGGUGUGAAGCCUGACCCUGACGAGUUCCCUGCCGGCUUCCCCCUCUCAGUGGGCCUAGAGCAGGGAGAGAUCCCCACACUGCCCCCCUCCCUAAUAGGUAUGGCCUUAGGGAGAGUAGCUGACAGAGAGGCAGAGUCAGAGCAGGUAGAUAGCUGUGGCAGCAGCUCCAAGGCAUCCGUUCGAAACAAAGUCAAAACUACAAAGGUCAGCGGUAGCCCAGAGUUGGGUUUGUCCUCUGUCAUCACUUACGGCCACUCCAAGCCCUCCGUCAUAGUGCAUGGCACAGUUGCGCCAUCCGUCAUUGUCCAUAGCAACCAGGUCACCUCUGGGGCCGGGAAAGGACCCCUGAGCAGCCCCUCCCCUGAAGCUAGCAACAGCCAGACACUCCCCAAGGUCAGUGCAAAGCCUGUUAAAAUUCACAGGGAAAGUACAGAGAGCCAUAGGAAGAGAGCUAAAUUAGUGGACAGUUCAGAUGCCACAGAGGAAGGGGAGAGGAGAUCAGAAACAGGUAGGUCCCAUCAUAAGUCCCGCAAGGGGCACAGCAAGAGUGACAGCUGCUCAGCCAAACAGUCGUCCACAGGGUCAGAGGGCAAAGGGGCCGGGCCGCUGUGCCAGAUAACGGUGCGGAUAGGCGAAGAGGCCAUGGUCAAACGCAGCAUCUCCGAGACGGACCUCAAGAGGGACAGGAGCCCCCCUCCUUCCAGAGCCAAAAGGACGGACUCCUCCCCACAUGACUCCAAGGAACCUCGCCACUCCCACCACCACCACCACAAACAUCGCUCCCAUCGCAGCUCUAGCGUCGAAGCUGAGGGGGAGAGAGGAGGAGAUGGGGAGAGAGAAAAUGGAGAGGGGGACAGCCGGAAGAAAAGCCCCAAAGCCACGGGCAAGGUCAGAGAGUACUACUUCCGCCAGGAGGUGCGCAAGCAGGGGGAGAGUGAGGACGAUGAGGACAACCUCUGGAGGCCCUACUACUCAUACAAGCCCAAGAGGAAGGCCCCUCAUGCCCACAAAACAAAGAACUGGCAACGCAAACUCCAUUACAAACGCUCCCUCCGGCUAAUGAGGAGGGCAGAGAGACUCAUGGACCAUGUGAAUAAGGAGGACCAAGAGGAGGAGGAUGGAAAGAUGGAUGAGGUGGAGCAGGAAGUGGGGGAGGUGAAAGAUCACAUGGAGCAGGAGGAGGGAGAGGCACCUGAAUUGUUCAGUACUUCCUCUAUACCUUCAAAAGAGAAGGACAAAGAGGGGGAGGAAGAAAUCGGGGAAGCCCACCUUAAGCCCGCUGAUCCUCCCCUGGUCUCUCCUCAGCCCCCAUUGUCUACCUCAGUCCCCCCUAUGGACACAAAAUGCCGGCCCUGGUCCGAUGGGAGUGCGUCGGAGUGCGAUACGUGCGGCCGCUGGUUCUCCAGUUCCAGGAAGCGGGAUAAACACGAGCUUAGCCACCUGCUGGAGUUUGUGUGCCUCCUCUGUAGGGCCCCCUUCCCUUCCAGGGACCAACUAGAGGACCACCAGAGAUCCCAGCACCCCAAAGCCCCCAACCCCUCGUCUGUGCCAUCCCGAGCGGGGUGUCUGUCACGAGAUGAGGGCAUGGAGACAGAGACUGAGUUAACAGAGGUAGACAGGGCGAGAGAGAGGGUUAUACUAGGGAAGGGAAGUCCAAGUCGCCUAAGCAGGAGGUCGUUGGCGAGACACACCUGUCCACAGUGCCAUAAGGUGUGCAAGACAUCCUCAGCGCUAAACCGCCACGUGAGGCGCCACGAGUUAAGCAGCUCCCCGGAGAGAGAAAAGGAGGAGACGCAGACAGAGUCAAAAACAGCAGCAGCAGCAGAGACAACAGUUAGCACUGUUAGCAAAGACGUAGAUACCACAAGUGACCAUGUUCCCGUUGUUCACUCUGUCCCAGUUAUCAGCUACCCUAUCCCAGAGACACAGCAUAGUAGCGAGGCCAUAGAGCCGCUGCAGUGCGCGAGCCAGCCUAGCGAGGUGAAAGCAGAGCACCAAACUCCAACACUGUGCAGCGGCCUUGAACUCAAAGAACUUAAUGAACUCACAACUCCCAUUCCUGACAGAGAGCCCAGUCCUCAGAUUAUUCAGCCCCCUCCAGAGAUCCCCACAGCCGACCGGCCGACACCAUCUCCCUCUCUCUGCUGCUCCUCGGCCCUCCAGGGUGUGCUGGUCAUGAGCAGCGUAGCUGAAUGUCUGGACUACCGGACCCCCAGGAAGAGGAGUCUGGAGGGGCAGAACCACAGGAGGACCAGCCCUGCACCUGUCACGGGACCACCCACCGCUUCUCCGAACAUGCACCUGACCUCGCAGAUGAGAAUCAACCACACUGCUGCUCCUCCGUCCGUUGCUAUGACAACAGUGCCCCUCCGAGGGGUCUGUGGCGUGAAGCGGGAGGAAGAUAGUGUGGAGAAAGGACUGAGGCAGGGAUGUGGGAUUGGCCUCCUCCAUCAUGCUGGUUUUAAGAACUCACCAGUGGCCCAAGAUCUCAGGGUCCCACCCUUGUCCAGGAGCCCCAGUCCCAACCAAGCACAAGACCUGACCAUGUCCUCGAUUCUAGCCAGGGAGAGGGAGGUGGAGAGGGAAAGGCAGAGAGAAUGGGAGAGGGAGAUGAAGAGAGAGCUGGAAAGGGAACAGGAUAUGGAGAGAGAGUUGGAAAGGGGGAGGCAGAGGGAAAGGGAUAUGGACAGAGAGCUAGAAAGGAGGAAGCAGAGGGAGAGGGAUAUGGACAGAGAGCUGGGAAGGAAGAAGCAGAGGGAGAGGGAGAUGGACAGAGAGCUGGGAAGGGAGAGGCAGAGAGAAAGGGAGAUGGAGAGGGCUCAGCAGUCAAGGGGAGCAUCACUACAGGAGCAGCCCAGAGACAUGGAGGGGACCCUCCUGGUACCCAAAGAGGAGCCGAUUAGUCCCGCACCAUCCCCGAUACACACACCAAUUCAAACUACUAUUAACAGCCCACCCUUGCAGAGGCGGCCCUCCAAGUCUCCCCGCCGCUUCCCCACUGCCAUGGACCUACUGAUGCAGGCCAACCGACAGGUUGCCCAGUCCCUGCGUGGCACACAGGGUCUCGAGAGGUUUCAGUUGCCCCCUGGGUCGGUUAGUGGCAGCGACCGCCCUUCUGCCCAUGCCCUGCUGCUUCCCCGGGCCCCCCCACCGUCCGAGGAAGAGCCCCGGGACCACUCCCCAGCACCAUCGAGAGACCCUCACAGAGGGGMGGUCACUGCCAGGGGAUACCCCAUGCAGGACUACCCGCUGCCCCUCAUCGUCCAGGGUGGCUACCGCUCUGGCAAGAAGCAGGAGGACAACCUGCUCAUGUCCUACCCGACGGGGCCACUCGCCUUCGGGCCGCUGGGGAAGAUGGUGCCUACCGGGGAUCUUGCCAAACUGCCAUUCUACCCCGACCCCUACCACCUGCUUUACGGGCCGCAGCUGCUGGCCUACCCCUACAACCUGGCCACCCUGCCCAUGGCUUUGAACAUGAUGGCCCCCGGGGGGGAGAAGGUGGAGCCGUUGCCCUUCCUCCCUGCCCUCUUCAACUACGCUGCUGCAGCUGGUCCCUACGCUGGCAUGGCGCCACACCACCUAGUGGGUAACCCCAGCCUCUACAACAGCAGCRGCGGUAGCAGCAAGAAACAGCGGGACAACAGCAGCGGAAAGUUGUAGAAGGUGUAUAAAGAAACGACAUCUGAGGAAUAUUUCAAAGCGGACGACCAGUCCCUGUAGUGGAGAAGGAAGGGUGCCAUCGGCUCCUUUGUAGUGAGUACACUUGCACAGUCCCCUGCCUCUCUUUUGUAAAGUAGCGAUCAGAGCCAAAGCGUUGAAUCAGGAGGAGGGAUGAUGGGAAGUGGGGGAGUGAAGUAAGAGGAGGAGAGAAAAAAGACAGAUCCAUCAUUAGAGACGGAUAUCCCCCUCUCCUUUCCUCUGGCUCUCCCCAUUCACCUCUGGUUUCUGUUCUCACGUCUUUCAGUAGUAAUAGUUCUAGAGCUUGAUUAAUUGUCCUCUCAAACUUGUUAUGACAAUAUCUAUAAUAUAAGAAUAACAACAGCUAACAGGGUGUGUUUUGCGAAUCAUUUGUUUCGGUCCGCUUCCCAUUCUGUUGACCGCAUAAUAAAUACAGGGGAGGCUUUGUUUUAGGGACAGAAGGGAUCAGCCAAAAAGGACAUAAUUCGACACAGUGGGAGUCGGAGCAUUAAAAUACACUGUGUGAGUGUGUGAUAUGUGUGAUUGCUUUAGUAAACUUGUGCUCCAAGUGUCUGUGAGAGCUUUAUAUGAGCAGGUAACAUGCACAGUAUGUAGGAAUUCUGUUUGUGCACGCUGAGGUGGGAUUUUGCUUGUUUGGCGUGGAUAUGUGUGUGGGUGUGUGUGUGGAUGUGUGUGUGUGUGGCUGUAUGGCUGCCAUCUGAGUGCUGAUCGUUACAUGGGGUUCUGAGGUGUUAGCAACAUUCUAACACUAGAUGGACUAGGCAUUAUAGGUCAGUGCAUGGAAGCAUUAGAAGGAAUUCCUCUAUUUCCAGUUCACAAAGCAGCAACUCUAGCGAACCUUUUGCCUGGAGUAGAAUCUGUAUUUGCAUCAAUUACCGAUCUUGUGAGCUUAUGUUGCCUCCAGUAACCAUAGUGGCCAGAUGACUUUCAGUCCGGGUCACUAACCUAAGACCAUAGUGGCCAGAUGACUGUCAGUCCAGGUCACUAACCUAAGACCAUAGUGGCCAGAUGACUUUCAGUCCGGGUCACUAACCUAAGACCAUAGUGGCCAGAUGACUUUCAGUCCAGGUCACUAACCUAAGACCAUAGUGGCCAGAUGACUUUCAGUCCAGGUCACUAACCUAAGACCAUAGUGGCCAGAUGACUUUCAGUCCAGGUCUGCUUCGAGGUUCAUGUUAGUUUUUACCUUGUGCAUAACAGCUGGAAAACAUUCCUAGAAAAAGGGGGGGGAAGACUUGACACUUGUAGCUGUUAUGUACAUGUACUGUAGCUGGCCACUGGGUGACAAUCAUAGGCUAGUGUAGACCAUACACUUCCAGUUCUCCUUGUACUCAUCUCAUUUCUUCCAAGGAUUGAAAAUAAUACAAGAAUCAGUCAACCUUUUUAUUCUUGUGGCCUUUUUCCUCCCCCUGAUGCCCCCUGGUGUCCACCAAAGACCCACUCUAUUUGCUAGGCCGUGUUGAAGAGAGGGGGAGUGUACAAGGAAAUACAUAGAGAUGGAAUCAGGGUAGGGCAAUUCCUGUGAUCCUAAGAGAGAUUAAAAGAGAAACACAGAGGCCAGGGCGCACCUAGGUCAGUACCCUCAACGGAGCUUCCUACAUCUUGAUGUAGAAUCAAAAAGACCCCUCCCCCUCUACUGAAAGGAGAUAGAAAAGGACAAGGCGAAUGGAGUCGGAAGACGCAGUAAGAUCACGCCACACUGAGGUCUGCUUGUCUCAGACAGCUUUUUGUGUUCCAAUAGCUCCUCUCCUCCCUCCUUCUGCGCUCUGGGGUAGAGAAGCGAGAGGUGACGUAAUCGUCUCCCACAGAGCUGGUGUUGAAGGGCCGGGCUUAGCAGCAUCCACUGUGCCGCUCUGAGUUUCCCAGAAUCCUGUGGGACUUUUUCCUGUUCUGAGUCUUUCUCUGUGUGAUUUAUCUGUUACACUACAUUUUUUGAUUUGUUUAACUUUUUCUACCCCCUUUUGCUAGCUAGACAAAAGUGGAUUCAGCAAAAGGGGGUUUGAGUACACUUAUAAAUAUGAAUGUAAUUUUAGUCAAGAGGUUAUUGAAGUACAAAAUGCAUUAAAGGUAGAUGGAUUUCAGUUUUUCUGACUUGAAAAAUAACAUGUGUAAAGAGCCGUUAUGAAGUCUGAUAUGCAUAUAUACUGUACAGUCCUAGGAAAGUCAAGAAACUUGGGUUCUGUAUCCACUAAAGCAUGAGCAACACUCGCUUCCUAACAGUUUAUAUCCUCCUAGGUAUCCAAAAUCACUCACUUUCUCUUCCCCAUAACUUUGUUUCUUUUUGCUUCCACAUCCUGUCCUUUUCCCCCAUUAUCUCAGCUCUCAAUCUCGGUUUUGUCUCGGUUGUAUUUGUUCCGGAGUAUAACCCCCUCAAAAAGAGCAGCUGCCACGUUUAUUUCUCAGAAUCAGUAUGGGAGCUGUCCAAUUAUCCCCCUUCCUCCCCAAACAAACACACACUUUACAACACCUCUUUGAAGUGUGUAAUGGGUAUGUGUGUAUGAUGCCACCGCUGCGCUGUUAGUUUCGGGCAGGAGGACGAAAACACAGCGUGACCAACCGCAGGGGCUUGCGGCCUCCACUUGGGUGUGGUUACAAGCCUUUUGUGCGUCUCGUGUGUGUGUGUGUGUGUGUGUGCGCGCACAUCUCUGUGUGUGUGUCUGUGAAAAAGGAAAACCAAAACAAAUCUGCUUCUAUGCAGCAUAUCCCUCGGGGUAUAGGGACCUCCUGUAUUUUUUUGUUGCCUUUUUCAGUGGUUUUGUUCCAGAGCCCCCCCUCCCUACCCAGCUGUAAAGACUCUCUCCAUACUAUACCUAUCGGAGCCCAUUUCACUAUAUGGACAUAUUUGUGUUUUGUAAAAAACAUUUCUUAUGCCAUAGUUUUGCCAUCAUGGCAAUCAAUCAUUGACCAAACGCCUGCAAAUAGACAUAAAGAUUGAAUUCUGGUGAUGAUAUACACAUUUACGGUAUGUUUAGUAAGUUCAAAUGAAUUGUGCCUCCGCAGUGAUAUAUUUAAACGUAGCUGUAUUGAAAUGGUGAGGAUCUUCCAGAUUUCAGACAAGGUGCCUUUUUAUGGCAUAAGAAAUGUAAAUGGUAUAUGGCUGAAUUGAUCAAAAUGGCAAAUAACUUGAAGAAAAACCAUGUGGUUUAGUGUGCUAUGAAGCUGGUCAUAGUUCUAGGGGUGUGGCUAAACAGUUUGGUAUUGUGUAUGUUUAGGUAAAUACUGUGCCAUAGUUUUUAGAGUCCACAAAUACGUUAUCGUUUUCUUUCUUCUUCAAAUAUAAAAUGUUUUAAUGUUGCCUGAUAACGUUGUCUCUGGAUUUGAUACAAAGGCUUGUAGCCACAGCUUUCCCAAAGUCCCUUGUUUGUUUACUUCCAUGUUUCUUUAACUCUUUCCUCUUGUUCUCCUCUCUCCUCUUCGCUACAAUCAAACAAAUAAAGUAUUAACCUGAUGACCCAACAGAAA